CUUGUUUAGUGCAGUUGUUCGACCGACAGUUUUUCGACAAGUAAGAUGGCGGCGAUUAAUGUGAAAGGCGAAACGUUGUCUUAUUUGUACUUGUAAAUAAAGUAAUCGGUACCCGUAAUCACCGUAGCCCUUACAGAAACUGAGCAAUACAAUUAUUUAAGUGAAAAUUUCAUAGUGAACUAUUGUUGAUACCAUUUACAUUGAGUGAAGUUUCAUUUCACAAUAGACAAAACCCUUCGUUCGUACCGAGCGAGCAUACUCGAGGGGUUCAGCGAGGCCAUAUUUAUGAUGUUAUCUGUUGUGUGAGCGUCCUGCGAACCACAUUGAUAAAUAUUUCAUAAAAACAAAGGCGAUGGGGAAUUUUUUAUUUAUGAAGAUAGAAUAACCAAGAUAUAAUGAAUAAAACUCAAAUUAAGUGGUAAUACAGCAUCUGCAUCCUAGAAGUGUAUAAACUAUGGAUGAAUGUGUGGACAAUUAUUGACAUAUAACAUACAAAUUGAUACAAAACAUAACAUCACGGAGGUGGUAAUGGAUCCAGUAGGACCAUGGUCAGCAUAUGCUUCUUACAAUCGGUUAGCAGGAGUCCAAGCUGGUGCUGCAAGUGGGGAUUUUCAUCACCAUCUUGCAAGUGGUGGCUCAGGAUUGGGCAGCCAAACAGUACCAUCAACGACAAGCCAAUUACUAUUACAAGCUGCCCAUACAACAGCGUCAUUAGCAGGACAACUUGGUUCAUCAACUGCAUCACCUUUCAAUCCUGGUGGAUUUUUGUCACCACCAACUGUAGGCUAUGAUGCUGUUUUUUCUCCAUUAUUUCAUCAUGCCAACCCAAAGCCAGCACAUUAUAGCUCUUCACUUCAAGCUCAACAUAGACAAGUUAUAGCCCAAGCUGCUGCUGCAUCUAAACAAUCUUCAGUAGAAACUGAACUAUCCUCAUUAAGGGAAAACUAUUCUCAUCAGACAUUGGCUGCACAAGGGACAUCCUUUUUUGAUCAGCCAUCAACUCCUGGUAGUACAGCAGGCUUAAGUUGGCAAGGAAAUAAUCAACUUCCAAGCCCUUUCGGAAUAUUACCACAUGAAAGUGUUGUGCCGUCAUCUCCAAGUCCAGCAACAACAAAAGCUUCAGGACCUUAUGAAAAUUUCAAUUUUGCUGCAGCUCAAACUCUAAAUAAUCAUCUCAACUCGCAAAUCUCAUCAGCUGGAAAACAAAGCAAUAGAUCUGGUUCACCAGCAACAGCAUCUAAGCAGCCAGUAUCGUCAACCUCUUCAUCAACAUUUUUUCAAUCUCCUUCAUCUUUUGGAAAUCAGACUGAUAAUUCAUAUAGUACAAGCAGUGCAAAAAGUGGUCAACUUUCAACUCAGCAGGACUAUGCUGGAAGUAAGUCAUAUUCAAGUUCUGCAAGUACAACUGCUCAAUCCCAGCAAUCGUGUAUUGUGUCAACUCCACCUGUGACAUCAUCCUCUACACCUCCUAGCAAAGAAUACCGAUCUCCCUCUAGUAUUCCCUCACGUCCUUCUGCUUCUAUUUAUAAUUCUCAACCUCCCAAAAAUACCAGUAGUGAAAAGCCUUCUCGACAAACAAGUAACAGCAGUAGUAGCAGCUUUGUAUCUCCAACAUCCAAACCACCUCAAGUUCAAACUAAGGCACAGAGUAAAAUAUACCCAGAGGUAAACAAUGAACAAAGAAAGAGUUGUGAUUCAAACGACACUAAACUGCAACCUCAGUCAUCUCCAAUAAGUUAUUCUAUUAUGGAUGCACCAGGUCGCUUAAGUUACAAUAGUAGUAGUAAUAGUUCUUCCAAAUCAAACAGAAUUGGUGGCUCACAGUUUUCAACACAGGGGUCAAGUUUUAGACAUUAUCAAAGUGGGAAUAAUGUUGAAUCCGACUAUCAUGUAAGAGCUAAAAGUAGUUCUAGUACUGAUACAGGAUAUUCCAGCAGUAGUUCCCAAAACGGUCCUGACUGUGGUGUAGUAAUUGCUAGAAGAAAUAGUCCUUCACAAGCACCAUCACAAAGUUCUCCACUUGGACAUGGGUCAAGUCCCGCUUAUCCAAUGUAUCAUAGUCCUAUGAAUUCAUUAAAUUCUCCUCAACAACAUGCUGAUCAUUACAAUAAGCAUAACAAUGCUGCCCCUCGUUCUCCUUUAGAUGUGUCAGUCACAAGACCACCAUCUCAAAAUAGUCAGGUAGCUUAUCCUUCUGUUAUCACUAGGGCUUUAGGUAUAGAGCAAAGCAAAAGUUACUCCGAAAAUAGAUAUGAACGUAACCAAAAUCAAUCUUCUAGCCAGAGCUGUUGGGAAGGUGAUCGCCAAUCAUCUAGAAAAUUUACUGGAAAUAGUAAUAGCAGUAGUUUUACUAGUAGUGGUUUGACUGAAAAUAAUACUCCUGCUGAUGAAACAACUACUCAAUCUCAAUCAGCUGCCCAUAGGCUGUCAUUACCUGAUAAACACCAUAAUUAUUUUGAUGGCAAUAAUGUAGCCUUACAAGAUUUAUCAAGUUGUCGUGGAGAUCCAAUGACAAUAGUAAAAAACUUACAAAGUUUACAGCAAAGUUGUCAAUUACAAGAUGCAAAAUCAACUAAAAGUCAAACACCAACAACAACAACAUCUACUAAAACUGUAACCAGAAGGAAAAGUACUGAGAAACCUGUUACCCAUACUAACAUGAAUGAAAUUUCAAAUGUUGUAAUGGCAGAUUAUCUGGCUAGUAGAAUACCUCCACCUGCUCAUAGCUCUACAACUAAUCAACAAAAUGGCAGCUAUUUUGAUUUUGAAAGAUGGAACCUUCCCCCACCUCCACCGAAAAUGUUUCCUGGCACUUCUGCAUUUGGUUCCCAAGCUUCAUUGCACGCCACAAACUUUGCCAAUCAGCACCAAGCCUUAGCCAUGCCUCACGGACAUGCCUUGACAUACUUCCCGCCUUUUCACCUUGGUCCUCAUCCUGAUUUCCAAUCCUCUGUGGAGUUAACACCAUUAUCGUCAUUUAGUGAAACUCCACCUUCGGCUUCCUCAUCAUCAUUUUCUACGCCUGAAACUCGUGAAGAGGAACAGCCUAAGGUGGUAGUGCCUAAUAUAGAGGAAGAACUUGGUUUCCUUGCAGAACAACGAGCAAAUACGGCAUCUUCGGUAGCACCCACUUCACAGCAGCAGAACAUUAACAGCACUUCACAAGACACUACUUCAAAAAUAAUGGAAAAAAAAUUCAAUGUUCCUGUCACGGGCCCCGGUUCAGGUUUCAUGGCUUCUUAUCUGAAAUUUCUUCAAGGAGAGCGCGAUACCUCUCCUCCGCCGGCCGGUAGAGGCGCCAGAAAAUCUACUUGGUCGAGAAACACAAACACAAAUAAUACUACAAACAAUAAAGUAUACCCACAAAAUGAUCAUUCAAAAAGUCAGUGUGAUGGGAAUCCCUCGCAACAAAGUUCCAAUGGCGCAAUGGCGUCGCCAAUUAACUCAGGAAUGCCAUUAAAUAAUCCAGCCAUGAAUGCUUCGGUCAACAUGAGCUCAGCAGGUUUGUUGGGUGCAAAUCAAAUUCAUGGUGCAUCAUCAAAUUUGUUGAGUUCGCAAGCGAAGGGCGUAGAAUUAGAUGACCCUCGCUAUUAUAAUUUAAAUAAAGACAGAAAACGUAAGUUUGACGGUAGCGAAGAGUCAGCGUACGACGCUGAGGAAGAAGCGAGAAGGUUGAACAAACCAGUGCUCAAUGUGCCUAGUACGCCGUUAAACGAUAAGGGAAAGAAAGCGCGAACGACAAUGAAUAAGCCCACGCCCUCUGCCGUGGUGGCGCCUCAGCCGGCCGCGCCUAAGAAGCCACGACCGCCUGCGCCGCCGCCCGUGGCCCCGCUGCAGGCAGCGCCGCAGCAGCAAUACUAUUACCAACACCAGCCUGAUGAAGCUACGGCUCACAGUACGAACUUGGGUUAUGGUAUCUACGGAACGACGGACACCGACAAUAAUGCAAGCAGAAAGCUACAACAUGUAAAAUCACAUCAACAAAUAUCGAAUGCAGGACAAAUAGAAAACCCUAGACCUAUAGAAGAAAUGCCUUAUCAGUCUGGAGAAUUCGUGGCAAUAAAAACUGAAUUGAAUGAAAUGUGGCCUGCGAUUUGGCGAGUAGAUGGCAAAACUUUAUUACAAAAAUAUGAGCCUUUUGAAGAAAAUGGAAAAGUUUUAUAUAGAAAUAUAUCUACGUAUGCAGCGUGGAAUCCUGAAAAUAAAAAGUUAUAUACUCAAGUCCCCGUGAAAGUUCGUUCCCAGUCACAUUUAGAAACAACUGUAGAAUUAGUUAGAAGCGAACUGCCGUUCGACGAUUGUAGUUUUAUUGAAAAGCGAAUGUUAGAAACUCAAAUGUAUCAAGAAAAUUUUGAGGUCUAUAUACAAACUUUAAUUUCGCACGCAUUGGAUCCGAAUUUCCUCACGGAGAUAUUUCAAGAGCAAGACGAGUACUUCUUGUCCAACGUGAAAACGGUGGACGAGGUGACGGAGACGAUGCGGUCGCGCGUAUCCAGCGCGGCGGCUAACCCCGGCGGAGUGGUAGCCAGCGGGCCCCGCGCGUUAGACGCGGCGGUUGGCACGUGGCCGGGGCUCAGUGUGGCGGCGGGCGCGGGCGCGUGCCGGGCGUGCGCACGCGCAGCGGUCGCCCGCCUGCUACUGUACGGCCAGCCUUAUAAUCCAGCUACGCUGGAGCCCGUGCAGCCAGAUGCCAGGCUCGCGUAUGAAAAGGAAUUCUUAGUAUGCGCGACAUGUUGCGGCCGAGUGCAGCUCUACUCUAGGAUAUCACAUCAGAAGUAUUUAAUGUACGCCGAGUGCAGUAAGCGGGUGGCCGAGAAGAGAAUGCAGAAUCCGAGCAAGGACACCACGGUGAUACUAAACGAAUUGCUCGCGGACGAAGUGUGGUUAUCGCAGCUGUUCAGGGAAGUGCGGCAUUCCUGGGCGGAAGCCGAGUGCUGGGAGCGCAAGAUGCGACAGGCGGUCACACGCCAGAUGAUAUAGCAGACGAUAUAACCCCACGCGCCUGUAAUGGACGUUCUCGUUUAUUCACCAAACGCGAUACCUGUGAAACAUAUUGUGUGCUGUAUGUAAUUCGGUUUUGUAUAUUUAUUACGCGGUGUUUUUUAGCAUUUCAAAGUAAUAUGUUAUUUUUUUUACAAACUACGAGGGUUAGGUUGUGUUUGCAGGUGAUUCCGCCGAGCGUAUUGCAGAUAGCCUUUAAAUAGUGUCGCGACGUUGUUGGCUGCUACUUAUCCAGGACUUGUUCUAACUAAACGACUGUCAAAGCGCACGUAUUGUAUAGAAAACAAGAAGCUUGAUGACGGUUGUGAAGUUAGCAGCGAACGCGCACCUACAUUUCGUUUACUCUGCUACGAACGACUUGCGCUAACUUCACAGCCGUCAUUGAGUUAGAACCCCGAUUUACUGUCCACGGAUAUCAGUCAGUGGCGUGCUUUCUUUAUCGCACGGAAAGGAGAGUUGGCCGGAGUAACGGUGAGAAUAUAAUUCGGCCAAUGACAGAAAAGCUUAGCUAUCUUCAGUUAUAACUCGAUUCCUUAAAUAGAGUAAACAAUCGAGUUUACUUAUUGUGUGCUAAUAAGAGUUACAUUGGUAUUUUCGAAAGUGUAUUUGUUGUCCUAAGUCUCCAAUGUGAAGAGAGACAUUGGAUUAUAUUGGAUUGAUUUCACUACUCAACUUCUUUUACAAAUAGUUAUUUUUAUAUCAGCUCAAUUUUUGUGUUACAUUCUCAUAAUUUUUUAAAAAUUAGAUCAUAACUAAAAUGUUCAUCAUAAUUAGACUAAAAGGCCUCAAAUUAUUUUGGAUGUUAGGUUGUUGAGGCAUAACUAACGAUUCUUAUCUUUGAUAUAAUGCACACUAAAUUAGUACAGAGUGAUAAUGGUAUGAUACACUUACACUACUUAUUAUCACACUUAUUUUUGUUGAAUUAAGAGCCAUAUUUGCCUAGUGACAAUCCCAGUAGAUACGAAAUCAGCGCUGAUUGGUCGUUUAGUCAUCAUAAGAAUAAUAAAUCAAGCUUAUGUUAGUUCUGCAGUGCCAUGUCGAUGCUUGCUACUUCCUUAUUGUGGUAGUUUUGAUUAGCGUUUUACACAUAUUUCCACAAUGAUACCUACUUGAUAAUUGAAAAAAAAACUAAUGAAAUACCCCUUAUUUUAAAUGAUUGGUUUUUUUUUGGUUUAAGUUGUUAUGAUUUUAUUAACAUGCCAAUAUAUGUAUACAGCGCCAUAAACGCGUGAACGGUGGUGCAUUUUUUUUUAUAUUUAUACUUAAUUGUAUUUGAAACGCAACGUCCAGUGCAGUAUUUCAGAAUCCGCUAUUUGAAGACCUAACAUUUUGACUGAGGUGACUGCGGUUGCCUGAACAGAAUAAUAUGAUUUUAAAUCAAUUAGGUUUUCAAAAAAAACUUGUGGAAGGUUCAGGAUAGAAAUAUAAUUUCUGUUUAUAUUAAAUGUGGUUUGAUAUUAUAUGGGUUAUUGUAAAUAAAAAUUACAUUCAGUUAAUCGCACAAAAACACAUUAACUUCUAAUACCUUCUGAUUUAAAUGUGAUUAUCAUAUUAAUCCUAUAAGAUUAUUUUUCUGUAAAAUUUUAGCUAUCUGGAGAGUAAAACGCAUAAAUUAAUGAUCUGCUGUAUAAGUUUUGGUAUUUUUUAGUCAGAAUUGUUACGUUAAUAGAAAGAAAAUUUGAAUAUUUAUGUUUUACAUAGAAUUCGGAAAGGAACAUAAUAAGCGUUAAUGAUUGUAUAUUUUUAAAGUUUAAGUUAUGCUUGUUUUGAUAGGAAAGUGAUAUAAAAUAUACUGAUUAUUAGGCCAUUAUGUGCGUUCUCGUGUUGUGCAAUGUCAGUGAGGAACCCAACAAAGCUUUCUGCGUCGUCUCAACAUUUUUAUGUGUUCAAAUUGUUUUCUGUGUAUUUAACAAUUUUUCAGUUCUUAGUAUGAAAACAUUUCGUCAUUCUUAGUUCUUUUCUAAAUUGGCAAAGGCCUAUUAAAAACUAGCGGUUGCUUUGUGUGUCCGCCUUGUAAACAACCCAAUUAUCCCUAGUUCACACAACAUUGCACUGCAUUUUUCUUUGUAUGAACAGCCGCGGUUCUUUUAUAUAAUGAAAACGUAAAUCUAACCAUAAUGCGGAUUAGAAAGUUCGGUUAUAUUCGAAUAAUAAAUAUUUUUUAGCAAAACGUUACGUAUUUUCAUUACUGAAAUAUUUUUAAUUUUACAUAAAUAAUUAAGUUAAUUCUGUACUUUUCGAAAUCCCGGUUUUAUCCCCUGUUGAAUGUUAGAAAAGGAAUUAAGUUCUUAAAUUACUUUGGGAAUUGAUAAAGCAUACAAAUUGAAGUUUAUUGCGAAUUUUUUAUGGUUCCGUACCUGUAUAGAAAAAACGGAACCCUUAUAGGAUCACAGUUGUCUCUAUUAUCUGUCUGCGAGACCCCAUAUUGGGAACGCGUGUAGUUGAAAUUUAAACCAUAUGCUCAGGUCUAAUACGGUCUCUCGAAGUUUUAUUUUUUGAGUGUUUAUGCUGUUGGUCGCAAAUGACCUUUAUUUACAGCGUCACCGGGUUUGGGGACGGCGAGAUCCUAAGGGGGCUUCAAGCCGAGAAUUGGUGAGUGCGUCUAGAGGUAUUCCACGCAGAUGGCAUUUCCGUUAGUUUAUUUCCUGUAGUUAGCCGUUGUCGUGGGGCUCUCGUAAACUAGAAGCUACAAGCUUCUAGUUUACGUAAAAAAAAUGCGUACCUACAAAUUAGUACGGGUCCCACUCACAUUUUUUUUUUAUAUGGAAGCAGUGUUUAUGGAACUUAUGAUACCGUCCAUUGUUUCAAAUAUCCAUAACAAGUGCUUCAGUUACUGGUUCUUAUAAUUCAAUUUGUUGGAAUGAUUUUGUCUAAGAUACACACAUGUCUCCAUAUAAUGCAUUACUAAAACUUGUUUUCUUUUAAUUAUUGUGUUUCAUACUUACAAAAGCCUUAAAGUAACUUGAACUUGGAAUAUAAUUGUGUUGAAAAUUUGUGUUAUAAUAAGUGACCAGUAUAACUAUUGAUCACUCUUUACUUGUCUGACUUACCUACAUACAUAGGUACUUCUACUAUUACCAUAAUAAUAUUUUUAUAAGAUGAAAACUUCACAAUUCGUUUUGACAUCAUGCUUCUAUCUGGAAUUGUAUUUUUAAUUAAUAUUAAUCAGAUUGCUAAUUACAUUAUGUAAGUUAUUGAAUAUGACCGAACUUAUUCCUUUAGCUCGUUUUUAAUCUACGAAUCUGUGGAAAAGUAGUACUUAUCAGAUGAUAAGACAUUUAAUUCAUAUCGGAUGGUACCUACAAAAAAACAACUCUUGAAGUACAAAUGAAAAUCUAACCUCUUAUUUGAUAGUGGGCUAGCCCCCUUCUGUCUGUGAGGAUAAGAACUUGGAUGCAUAUUAUUGUAAGCUUAUUAAAUAUAGUCUUCCCAUAGCAUAUACAGAAUCAACCUAAAAGGUAACCUGCAACUUCUAGGUGAUAUUAUUUUGAACUCAAAAGUGAUAACGAAUGUCGCCUAAAUGUAGCUAACAUUUUCGGCUGUAUGUACAUACUGCCAACGAAAUCAUGGCUAGACAAUCACCUUUAAGACGAUUUUCCUUUGUGUGACCGAUACCUUGACCAAGAUGUCGCCCCGCCUUGUUGUUAUUGCCCACACAUCACAAUUCAUUGCACAAAAUUUCAUAAUACUAAGUAGUAAGUACCUAUACCGCGUUACGAUAAAUUGUUUUAAACUUUCAUGGUCACUCACAUUAUAGUAUUGUUACCAUGUACCUUGUUUUUAAAAACAAGGCACAUGGUAACAUUCCCGUAAAUAAUAUAUAUAUAUACCGCAAUACGUAUUUUAAAAUCGAAACGGGUGCACGAUAGGUAGUCGAGUCCUAUUGUUUGUCAUUGGUCAAAUAGACAAGAGGCGGAACGAUAGACACUAUUCUCGUACUUACAAAUAAAACAGUUUUGAAACUGCUCAUACUCAUAGAGGUAUAAGAAUAGAGUGGGGAAGGCUGCUUUAAAAGUGUCCGUCUAGUAGAAAGAGAAAGAAGAUGAGAGACCGCUAG